GAACGUAAAUAUUACCGUGCCAAUGAAAAAUGAAAAUGAGGCGUUCCUCCCUAGUUGAGCACCUGGGUGGGAGUUUCAAUCUCAAUACGACAUGAAAUCCCAGAGGUUUUACUGGCUCUGCCUUGUCCUGCUCUCAGUGUGUUUGAUAUUGUGGUACCGUUAUAUGAUGAGAUCUGGCUUCGCCAUGAAAACUGGCCUCCAGGGAUAUGUGAGGAUUCAUCCGAAAACCCGCUCGAAAUCUAAUCUUCUGGACUUCCACUGUGGCCGCUGUGCCGUGGUGUCGAGUUCGGGGCAGAUGUUGGGCGGCGGACGAGGGCCAGAGAUCGACCAGCAGGACUGUGUGAUCCGGAUGAACGUGGCCCCGACCGCCGGGUAUGAGGCUGACGUGGGGAACAGGACGAGUCUGCGAGUCGUCUCUCACACCAGCGUCCCGCUCCUGGUGCGCCAGCAGGGCUAUUUCUUCAGACGAGAGGCGGACACUAAAUAUGUGAUCUGGGGCCCUGAGAAAAACAUGCGGCAGGAUGGAAAGGGCAAAACCUUUAAUGCACUGGUGACGCUGGCCAAGAAAUAUCCGCAUUCACACGUACACACCAUCACCAGAGAGAAGGUGCAGUACUGCGACAGUGUGUUUCAAAAUGAAACCGGCAAAAACAGGAUGAAAUCAGGAGCGUUUCUGAGUACAGGGUUUUUCACCAUGAUUUUGGCUCUGGAGGUGUGUGACAGUAUUCUGGUUUAUGGAAUGAUUGAUGGCUCUUAUUGCAGUAAUGCUAACCACUCAUUUGUGCCAUACCACUACUAUGAGCCGCUGCGUCUAGACGAGUGCCGCAUGUACCGUGUUCACGAACACGCCAAGAGAGGCGGUCAUCGCUUCAUCACAGAAAAACUGAUUUACAGCCGCUGGGCAUCUCAGGGGAAACUACGCUUCGUUUACCCACCGUGGACAACGCAGGAACACCAGCCUCCCUAAUUCAACCACUUCUGCUACGUGGUCAAACGUAGGACAGGCUUUAGUAUAUGUUUACGCUAAUAUCACAAGCCACUAUGGUGCUUUUAGUAUGUAUAUCUAGCCAUUAGUUUGGCUUUCGAAUCUUGCUGCUUUGCCUUUUUUUAAUAUUCGGUACGAUUUUAUUGCUUCAGUUUUAAUGGGGUCAUGAACUACCUUAGUUUUUUUUAUUUGAAGGACUCUCUAAGGUGUGUUUAUGAUGUUUUUAAGUUUUGUACAUGAAAAAAAAAACAUCAUUAAUAAGUAACUGGCUAUUUUCUGUGCUGUUUUUCAUCAGAAUGUUCUGUUUGGAUGGGCGUGGCCAAUUGUAGACCCAAAAGUAAAGGCCCACUGCUUUGAUUGGCUGACAGUUGUGCAUAUUAACAGGGGUAAACAGGCUGUUAAGAAAAAAAUAGGUGUCAAUUUUCUUUGGAGGCUAAGCUUAUCCAGCCUAUUACAUCAUAUAGUAAGACAUUCCAGAACCUGUCAUUUUUGUGCACUGCCUUCAAUAUAAGCUGAUUUUAGGGGAAUUGCAAAGUGUUGAGUUCUGAAACUCACAGGAUGUUUUCAUAGUACUGUGAACUCUCAUAGGUCAAAAGAUCAAGGGGAUUUUGAAUUCUCAGUGCAUGACCCCUUUAACAGGACAGUUCAUGUAGUAAUUAAAAUGUUCUGUUAAUUUACUCGCUGUCAUGCUGAGUGAGUACUGGUAGGUGACUGUUUUUUAAUUAAGUAAAACAGUUUUUAGCUAAACUUCACCUACUAUCACCUUCAUCUUGGUGAAAAAUGAACCAUCUUACAGUUGAAGUCAGAAUUAUUAGCCCCCCUGAAUUAUUAGCC